CAUUCUCGGUUAGUCAAUGGCUGGCUUCGGCUCUUUGAUAGCAGGGGCACGUGACACCUGUUGCUACAGUAACUAGUUCCUUAGCAACAGCCGGUCACUAUUGUGACACAAGCACACAGCUUCCAGAACACCUGUGGGGUCUUUGUCUGGACAGAAUGAACUCUAACACAGAGAUCGAAUUGAAGUCCUCUGACUGGGAAAGGAUUUCAUUUCUAGCUCAACCUAAGCUCUCCAAGACCAUUUGGUCCACAAGGCCAUGGAUGCUGACAUGGGGAAAUCAGGAAUCAAUAUGGCCGUUGUCCUGUUCUGCCCUGCGAGCCGUUCCAAGCUCCAGAAUAAAAGCCCUGUCUCAGAACAAGAAAGAUUUCUCCUCUCUGCAGUUUGAGCUCAGAAGAGAGAAAGAGGAGGAGAGGAGGAAGACCAUGAAGAUCUCCCACCCGUCUCACACAUUGCAGUACGAGGAUAUCCUCCGUCUGGCAACUCCCAAAUUGAGAGGACCAAGCUCCCAGGAAGUGAGUUCUUCACACUCAGAAUUGUGCGAACAUGACUGUCCCAUCUGGCACGUGAAGCCCUGCGUGAGGAACGCGGUCAUCUCACCUCGACUGCUUCAGUUGUCCCGUCCCAAACCCCAUCACCCCGACUUCACCUGCAAUAGACAGAACGUACAGACGUUAAUCUCAUACGCAGCCAAAACGGCCAAGAUGAGCACCAGGCUUGAGCAACUCUCACUGCCCAAACUGAGAGAAAACAGACACGUCUGUGACUACGGACGACCAGAGAGCCCAAUCCGACCCGUUUCCAGAGGAGCGAGAAAUGCCACAGCAAGCGUUCAGAUCCAAGGUCUGUCUGCUCCUAAAGCUCUUUCUAAAGACUACAUCCCCCCCAGAGAACCCGGCUGGAGACCCUGAGGAGAUUUGAUCUGUCUCUCUCUGUGCUUUUGUCUCUCCUGGAUUUGUAAUCACUGUCUCACUUUUUGUCUCAGGACUGUGAAUAAAAUGAAAGUAUUAAAUGUGUGUUACUCUGC